GGGUGGGAGGCGCGUCGGAAUCGUGCGCUCAGGAGGCCGUCGCUGCAGCGCGGGUCCCGCAGAGGAAGGAAGCCGGCCGGCGGGGGAGGUGCAGCUCACGUGUGGAGCGCAACAGUAAAAUCAGACGACAGAUGGGCAGUGUGACAAGAGUGUCAGAAAGGAUUGGUCCUCGAUGUAAGACUCAGCCUGGAGUCAAAGUGUUGACAAGUUGCUGAAAAGGAAGCCAUUGCGAGGACUGCGGCACGUGGGAAGAAGUGGGGCCCUGUCUUCAGCUACACCAUUGAUGGAGGACAGAUGGACAACCGGACAACCAGUCACCUCUCCUCUUAAACCUUUGGAGAGUGGUCUUUUGUCCCCUGCUGGACACAUAUUAGGAGUUUUAACACACUCUCUGAAUUCUCUCUUUAUAAAAACGUAAAGUUAGACUGCAGUGCACAGCCAGACUCUUCUAUUGCAUGGUAACAGAUUUGCAAUCAUGAGCGCCGAGGGGUACCAGUACAGAGCGCUGUAUGAUUACAAAAAGGAAAGAGAAGAAGAUAUUGACUUGCACUUGGGUGACAUAUUGACUGUGAAUAAAGGGUCCUUAGUAGUGCUUGGAUUCAGUGAUGGACAGGAAGCCAGGCCUGAAGAAAUUGGCUGGCUUAAUGGCUAUAAUGAAACCACGGGGGAGAGGGGGGACUUUCCGGGAACUUACGUAGAAUAUAUUGGAAGGAAAAAAAUCUCACCUCCCACACCAAAGCCCCGGCCACCUCGGCCCCUUCCUGUUGCACCUGGUUCUUCGAAAACUGAAGCGGACAGUGAACAACAAGCUUCGGCUCUUCCGGACCUUGCAGAGCAGUUUGCCCCUCCUGACAUUGCCCCGCCUCUUCUUAUCAAGCUGGUGGAAGCCAUUGAAAAAAAAGGUCUGGAAUGUUCAACUCUAUACAGAACACAGAGCUCCAGCAACCUGGCAGAAUUACGACAGCUUCUUGAUUGUGAUACGGCCUCUGUGGACUUGGAAAUGAUUGAUGUGCAAGUUUUAGCAGACGCUUUCAAACGCUAUCUCCUGGACUUACCAAAUCCUGUCAUUCCAGUAGUCGUUUACAGUGAAAUGAUUUCUUUAUCCCAAGAAGUACAAAGCCCCGAAGAAUAUAUCCAGCUGUUGAAGAAGCUCAUUAGGUCACCUAACAUACCUCAUCAGUAUUGGCUUACACUUCAGUAUUUGUUGAAACACUUUUUCAAGCUCUCUCAAGCCUCCAGCAAAAACCUCUUGAAUGCAAGAGUGCUCUCUGAAAUUUUCAGCCCUAUGCUUUUCAGAUUCCCAGCAGCCAGCUCUGAUAAUACUGAACACCUCAUAAAAGUUAUAGAAAUUUUAAUCUCCACUGAGUGGAAUGAACGACAGCCUGCACCAGCACUGCCUCCUAAACCACCAAAACCCACUACUGUAGCCAACAACGGUAUGAAUAACAAUAUGUCCUUACAAGAUGCUGAAUGGUACUGGGGAGAUAUCUCGAGGGAAGAAGUGAAUGAAAAACUUCGAGAUACAGCAGACGGGACCUUUUUGGUACGAGAUGCAUCUACUAAAAUGCAUGGCGAUUAUACUCUUACACUAAGGAAAGGAGGAAAUAACAAAUUAAUCAAGAUAUUUCACCGAGAUGGGAAAUAUGGCUUCUCUGACCCAUUAACCUUCAAUUCUGUGGUUGAGCUAAUAAACCACUACCGGAAUGAAUCUUUAGCUCAGUAUAAUCCCAAACUGGAUGUGAAGUUACUUUAUCCAGUAUCCAAAUACCAACAGGAUCAAGUUGUCAAAGAAGAUAAUAUUGAAGCUGUAGGGAAAAAAUUACAUGAAUAUAAUACUCAAUUUCAAGAAAAAAGUCGAGAAUAUGAUAGAUUAUAUGAAGAAUACACCCGUACCUCCCAGGAAAUCCAAAUGAAAAGAACAGCUAUUGAAGCAUUUAAUGAAACCAUAAAAAUAUUUGAAGAACAGUGCCAAACCCAGGAGCGGUACAGCAAAGAAUACAUAGAAAAGUUUAAACGUGAAGGCAAUGAGAAAGAAAUACAAAGGAUUAUGCAUAAUUACGAUAAAUUAAAGUCUCGAAUCAGUGAAAUUAUUGACAGUAGAAGAAGAUUGGAGGAAGACUUGAAGAAGCAGGCAGCUGAGUAUCGAGAGAUUGACAAACGAAUGAAUAGCAUUAAACCAGACCUCAUUCAACUGAGAAAGACCAGAGACCAAUACUUGAUGUGGUUGACUCAAAAAGGUGUUCGGCAAAAGAAGCUGAACGAGUGGUUGGGCAAUGAAAACACUGAAGACCAAUACUCGCUGGUGGAAGAUGAUGAGGAUUUGCCCCACCACGAUGAGAAGACGUGGAAUGUGGGAAGCAGCAACCGAAACAAAGCUGAAAACUUACUGCGAGGGAAGCGAGACGGCACUUUUCUGGUCCGGGAGAGCAGUAAACAGGGCUGCUACGCCUGCUCCGUAGUGGUGGACGGUGAAGUAAAGCAUUGUGUCAUAAACAAAACAGCGACUGGCUAUGGCUUUGCCGAGCCCUAUAACUUGUACAGCUCUCUGAAAGAACUGGUGCUACAUUACCAACACACUUCCCUCGUGCAGCACAACGACUCCCUCAAUGUCACACUAGCCUACCCAGUAUACGCACAGCAGAGGCGAUGAAGUGCUUACCCGCGGAUCCUUCUUCUCGAGUUCAACCACCUGAGGCCUCUGGAAAGCAAAGGGCCCCUCCCCAGCCUGACCUGUGAAUUGAGCUGUGGAAACGAAGCCACCUGUCUUCAGAUGAGACUAGAGCUUUCUUUGACAAAAAAGAAGUAGAGGAAGACAUGCAGCCUAGGACUGUGUGAUGACAACACGUUUCUAAUCUGGAGUGCUUUUCCUUCCUUUCUUUUCUUUUUCAGUUUAAUUUUAAUUUAAAGUCACAACAACAUACAACACAAAGAGAAAAAGAAAUGCAAAAAUCUCUGCAUGCAGGGACAAAGAGGCCUUUAACCAUGGUGCUUGUUAAUGCUUUCUGAAGCUUUACCAGCUAAAAGUUGGGACUUUGGAGACCGUAGGGUAGAUGGGGCUGAAGAGCCCUGGCCUGAGAACGCUCGGCCCAGCCUGGUUGAGCCUGGGUGUUGCUGUGCACGGUGGACCCAGACACGUCGCACUGUGGAUUAUUUCAUUUUCUAACAAAUGAAUGAUGUAGCAGAAAGGCACUUGCGCUCACAAGGGACACUUUGGGAGAGCGUCAGUUCAUGUGUGUUCAGAGGAAAUUCUGUCAGAAGCAAAGUGCCAGAAAGUGUUUGGUUUAAACUUGUCAAAAACAGAAAAAAUAACCUACCAACAGAAAAAUGGAGCUUGGAAAACAGGACUUAAAAUGACAUUCAGUAUAUAAAAUAUGUACAUAAUAUUUGAUGACUAACUAUCAAAUAGAUGGAUUGUAUCAAUACCAAAUAGCUUCUGUUUUGUUCUGCUGAAGGCUGAGUUCACAGUGCUAUGCAAUUCUUCGUUUUCAUUAAGUUGUUAUCACAGUUUUAAAUGUACCUUCAGAAUAAGCUUUCCCCACCCCAGUUUUUGUUGCUUGAAAAUAUCGUUGUUCCUGAUAAUUGUUAAUAUUCAUUUUGUUAUUAUCUUUUUUUUUUUUUUAAGAAGAAAUGUACAGGAUGCCAGUAAAAAGAAAUGGCUUCAGAAUUAAAACUAUGAAAUAUUUUACAGUUUUUCUUGUACAGAGAACUUGGCUGUUAGCCCAAGGUUAAAAAGUUCAUAACAGAUUUUUUGGACUAAAUGUUUUGUUGGGCAGUGCCUGAUAAGCUUCAAAGCUGCUUUAUUCAAUAAAAAAAAAAAGAAGAAAAAGAUAUGAAUAUGACAAAUAUAUGAAUAUUGCUGAGUCCAACAAUGUUGUUUUAAGACUCUUAAAAUACGGUACCUGGCAAUGUUUGUUCCAUAAAGAAUUGUGAACUUCUUAAAUCUAGGGAGGGGGGAUGUAGCCAAGGGAUGUAAUGGGGUGGCGGGGCAGGGACGGCGAGGUGGUAUGCACUUUGUCUUUCUCAUGAUUGUAGAAAAGUAACUGCAAGGUGAAGUUGCUUGUACUAGUCCUUUCCCACUUUGAUUUGCUAGUUAUCAAUUAUUGGCAAUUACAAACCUAUUGUAAUUCUUAACACAGUGCAACUGGUUGGGUAUUUCAGUUCUUUUGAAGGAAGCACUGAGAGUUUGUUUUUGGGUUCCUGGAACAGUGCUCACCUUCGUUUAGAACACUGGUUUAAAGGUAUAAUCUCUGCAUUUAUGUGUCCUUCUAACAUUAGACUAAUUCAUUACAACCAGCAAACGUCCACUUUAGAAAAAGCAUGAUCUAAAAAAAUAAUUUUAGUUGGAUGUUUGUUAUUUUCCUAGCUUUCCAUUUAAUUUAGAACAUAGAGCAAAUAGACACGAUCAUACCAUGUCUGCUCUGGGCGGUGUGGAGCUCUUUAAAGUCAUGGCCAUUGCAGGAAUCCAAAUGAUGGUUCUCCCUCAUCCAAGUAAUUGUGCGUGUUAUACUUCACUAUGGGGAAAAGGAAGGGGUUAUUAGUGUAAUCUUUCCAACUUAGGGCGAGAGUGAGAGUUCUCUCUCCCUGAUUUACAUAUGCAAAAGCUGUUACGUUCAGUAGGAAUUGUACAUGUGUUGGGAGGAAUAAAGGCUAAUUAUAAUCAUGGUCACUAUCCUGGUAGAUUGAAAUGGAAUCUUGCAAUUUCAGUUUCCCUUUCUCAAUAGUAGACAGAUUUGCCCACAGAUUUUUUAUUUCACUUCCUUUCGAAUACUAGGGAGGGGGUUUUUCAUUUUGUUUUUUAAAGUUGUUCCUUUUUAGGAUCUUUUGAAAGAAUCAGUAUAGCAGCUAAGUUAAUCAUCUGUAGAAUGUAUUAUUUAUCUUUACAUGAAGCUACUCAUACUCAAGAGCAAAAGUCAGUCUUACAGCUAGACUGUCAGUCCUCAGACUUGACUCUACUGAUCUGACCAUCUCCCUCUCAUUGCCAGACAAAUGAUGAUUUCCCUGUUUUUAGUCUGUGAGUGUCUUUGCUUUAAAACUUCUGGUGAUGAUAUCCUUCCAUAUCACACAGAAUUCUAACAGUUCAUUAAUUAACAGUAGCUUAUAAACUAGGUUUGUGGGGUUUUGGGGUUUUUUUUGGUAGCACAUCAUGUAUGCUAUUAAAUACAAGUAAUUUUCAUUUAAUUUCUAAAAUAAAUCUGAGAUAGAAUAUUUCAUUAAAAGCUACAGUUUUAUGAAUGUUUUUGCUUCAACACUCUUCACAAGAUGACAUGGUAUUUAGGCACUUGCCUUCUGCAUCUCACAAGCAUAAGUGCAAUAGAUUUUUCAUUGCAAAAGGCAGGAUUCAUAGUCUACGUGACAGUGAUUUAUGGCAGACCUAUUCUGCCAAAUGCCUUUCCGAUUGCUGUGUAGCAUGCCUACUGCAUUUGUCCUUCUAGAUGUUUGACCAGCAGGGCUUUUUGGGAUCAGACAGUCAUCUCCUAACAACAUUGAGUGGCUCGUGAAUAUUAAUGGAUACAGCAGAGGCCCUCCUGAUAUGCGGUUUUAUCCAUGCAUCAGUUUUUCCCACCCGAUGUAUCAUCCUAAAGAUAAAGCCAGAAGCUAAGCUGCAGAGAGGCUGUGACAGGGCUAUAGAAGUGGGAGCAUUGGGACCUCAUAUUACACAAAAGAGAGAUCAUAACCAAGAUCAUAACCACACAAAAAGGCAAGAAGCAUAUGUUUGCAACAUCUGACAACUUCACGGCGCUGGAUAUAUGUAUAUAUGUAUAUGUGCAUGGACUGUUUCCAGUAUACCUUUCUGCCAAAACAGAUCCAUAGUCGUUGAGUUCAAGUAUGUAACAAGCUAACGUCUAGUACAAUUCUUGUAUACGCGUAUGGGUUGUUUUUUUCCUUUGAGGUUGCUUUGUUUUGUCUUAUAAAGGUGAAAUUGUUUGCAAGUGAAGUGAGAAGUUCAUAAUUCUUUGGCUUUUUUCUGUUUUUAAAGUUACCCUUUUUCGGGAGCUGGUCUGAAUGACUCGCUUGGAAAUCCUUGUUUUCAGUGUGUUGAGUCAAAAUGUGUUUGUGAGCUGUCACUGUGGGGAACCCAUUGCUUUGUCAUAUAGCUGGUUAUGAACUAGUAAUGUGUUUGGGAAGUCCUACUGAUGUGUUCCUUAUUGGGAGAAAAAUUCUGCUGGUUUUAACAACUGUGCUUUUGCUAUGCAUGGUAUCUAACUCAGUUAGAAAGUAGACCCUGAUAUCUGUUUGAGUUUAAGAAAGGGGUCAUUUAAGAAAGGGGCAGUUUAAAGCACAAUGCCUCACAUGGGACAAAGUUCCAAAAUGCCAAAUUCUUAUUUUUUAAAGAUCUAGUUAUAUAAAAUACUAGUAUAUGGGUGGGGCGGGAAUAGAAUUGGGUUAAUUGGAAAUACUAUUCAACUUAACAUUAAACUUGUCACCAUGAGAUAGCAUUAGCUGUCCAGGAUGCUGCUAUUAAAAAAAAAAAAAAAAAAGCAAAACAAAAAAACUCAUUUAUACGUGUGUAUUUUUUAAAGCUACGAUCUGUUCAGUGUUUUUACAAAUUUGUUUAUAUGACAUUGUUAAAUAAAGUUGGUCUUUUGACGAGAGGGAGGAUGUCAUGGUCAGUUGAAAUUUUGCCUUUACAAGGCAACUGGGGUGGGGGUGGGGGGAGUGCCUCCUUGACAUUUUGUUCAGGUUAUAGAUUCAGUGGAGCUAUGUCUUGUUUUACGUUGCUUUGAUGCAUUGUAUUAGGUCUUCAAACAGAAUAAAGAUCAUUUUGAAACUUAAA